AUUUUAUAUAUUUAACCUAAAUAUAUCAAGAAAAUAUGGAAUAAUAGGUUUAGUGAAUUCAUCAUGGUGGUCGAAUUGUUGAAAAAAUCAUGAUGAAGUUAAUGGAGUAAGGUUUGAAUAUAUCCACCACAAAUACCAUAUGUACUUUACUAUAGAGUAUAGUUAGCUGACAAAAUUUUCAACUAUAACAUGUCUAGAUAACAAAAUAGUUAGCGAAUUCAUUAAGAUUCGAGUUAUGUCAGUCAUGCUGGUCAGCCAUGAUAGAUACUAAAUAUUCUUUUCUUUUUGUAUAUUUGUAGAAGUCUCAAACAUAGUAAUGUCCUAGCCUCCUAGGCAGCAAGAACAAAUAGUUUUACAGAUGUUCUGAUGAUUAAUAGUAUGCAAUUCCUUAGUUUAAUAGCGAUUAUAAAAUGUUAAAUGUUAGCUAAUUAUUAUUUUAAAUAAUUUUUCAUGAUUUAUAAAAGGUAACAAACAACAAAGCACAGAAAAGCAAAUUUGAUAUCUCUUUCACAAAAGAAGAUAAAAAGAUUAAUUCUUUGGUGAAAUUAAACCAUUUGUUUCUCUCUUCUCUCUCUCUCCUGUGUUUUUCCAUAGUAAACUUUCUCCUCUCUGCUUUCGCUCUGUCUCUAGCACUUCCUACAUUCUUUGUCUGCGUGUGAAUCAACUCUUCUUGAUUUCCAGAACCACCCACACAAGACCAAGGUCCUACUUACAUUAACUUAAUCCCCAGGGAUUAGUAAACAAAAUCAAGGAAGAUAGAUUGAACCCAAAAAAAAAACAAGGAACAUAGAUUAUUUUUAAGAUCGCCAAGGCUGGUCGUAUACUAUGUAAAAUCUCUCAGCUUAACCAUAUAACACUUGGAGAUCUGUUUUUGGAAAAAUGGGAGGUUGUGUUUCUACUAGUAGUAAGAGUACUUGUAGCAGCUGGAGCAAUGGAGAUAAUAAGCCUGUGCCUCGACCAUACCUUGGGAUCCGUUGUUGUGUGAGCAAAAGGGCCAAAAGAACCUUUUCAGACCACAUCCUCUCACUGCAGAACUUGGCCUCUAUACCAAAUCGUAUCAUCACCAGCGGCAAGAGCAGGAGCUCUUGCAUUUUCACUCAACAAGGACGCAAGGGUAUUAACCAGGACGCAAUGAUUGUGUGGGAAGAUUUCAUGUCUGAGGAUGUGACCUUUUGUGGUGUAUUCGAUGGUCAUGGUCCUUUUGGUCAUCUUGUUGCUCGUAAAGUGAGAGACACAUUGCCUGUGAAGUUGCAGUCUUUCUUUCAUACACUUCAGUCAAAGCAAAACGGUCGGUUCAGAAGAAGUUCAAGCAAAUCAGCUGUCCAAGAAGCUGUUAAUAAAGAAAGAACUGAUGAGGAGGAUAAACUAAAAGGCUUGUGGGGAGAAGCUUUCUUGAAAUCAUAUAAAGCCAUGGAUAAGGAGCUAAGGUCUCAUCCUAAUGUGGAUUGUUUCUGUAGUGGUAGCACUGCUGUUACCAUUCUCAAACAGGGGUCUAACCUCUUCAUGGGGAACAUUGGUGAUUCUCGGGCCAUUCUUGGAUCAAAAGACAGUAGUAAUGAUACUAUGGUAGCAACUCAACUAACAGUUGAUCUGAAACCUGAUUUGCCAAGGGAAGCUGAGAGGAUCAAACGGUGCAAAGGUCGUGUCUUUGCGCUGCAAGACGAGCCAGAGGUGUCACGAGUUUGGCUACCUUUUGAUGAUGCACCUGGACUAGCCAUGGCUAGGGCGUUUGGUGACUUCUGUCUGAAAGAUUAUGGAGUCAUUUCCACACCCGAGUUCACUCACCGUGUCCUUACAGACAAAGACCAGUUCAUUGUUCUUGCCUCAGAUGGAAUAUGGGAUGUGCUGAGCAACGAAGAAGUGGUUGAUAUCGUAGCUGCAGCGUCAAGCCGAGCAUCAGCAGCUAGGAUCUUGGUGAACUCAGCAGCACGUGAGUGGAAACUGAAGUACCCCACUUCGAAAAUGGAUGAUUGUGCAGUGGUGUGUCUGUUUCUUGAUGGGAAAAUGGAUUCUGAGUCGGACUACGAUGAGCAGGGCUUCUCUUCAGCCACAAAUGCUGUGGAAUCAGAUGAUGGACAGAGAUCAGAACCGUGUCUACUACAAAGAAACUUCACAGUUAGAUCAUCGUCAGAUCAAGAGAACGAGACAUGUGGUAAUAAUGUGAAUACGGAUGAUAAUACUGAGGCAGAGGAUGAGAGAGGUGUAGGAGACCAAAACUGGUUGGGGCUAGAAGGUGUGACAAGAGUGAACUCACUCGUUCAGCUUCCGAGAUUCUCUGCAGAAAUGUCCAAGACUUGAUGUUAUAUCUCUGAGAAGUGAUGAUCUUGAGAAAAAAACUGUACUUUGCUGUUGUUAUGCCUGAACAUUUGUUUUUUUUUUUGCUUCUUGGCUGGUGUUUUGUGUUUGAUAUUAUUAUUGCACAAUAGAUUUGCCACGUUGAUUCUCUCUCGGAAUCAGUGAAUCAAAUGUAUGUAUACUUUUUUUAGGCUUUUUAUCUAUAUAAGAAGAAAAAAGCUUUGCUUGA